AUGAUACCAGCAAUUGUAAAGGCUACUAAUCGUGCUAAAGGACAGCGCGUUCUUUUCUCUCUGCUCCUGGUAAUUGCUGGAGCUGCGGAUGUUGCACUUGCGGACAGAGGCCCAAAACGGAUGAGGCGUUUGCCGGAUGCUGCCGUCCCCAUCAACCUCUAUGAGCUACUGGGCCCCGAUGCUUAUGCGCGAGGGGUGAUUUGGCAGCCCAUGAAUUGCUAUGCGCCCACCAGUCAGCGAAUUGAGGGGGAGGUCCAGGAGGGCAAACUCAAGCAGCUGGAGGAUAUGUUGGAGCAAGACUUGCUUCAGGCGCUGAGUGACGCCACCCAUGUGCCCGUUACGAGUCUCAGCCGGCAGUCCAGCUUCCCCGGGGUAGUGGUUGGCCCCUCCCUGGACAUGAACCGGCUAGAGCACGACAUGUCGUACAGAAAACACGCUCUGCGCCCGCUAUCCUCGGACCCUCGCUACUGGCGGUGGCUGAGAGCUAUGAGUCUGGCGGUGUUGAAGUACACGGUGGACCACAAAGACCCGGCGCUGGGGAAAAAACCCAUGGCAUGCAUCAACGACACGAUUGCGGCCAUCUUCCACUGGGGUCUCUUCAACGACCCCAACGCGCGAAUUGGAACAGUGCUGCAGAGGGUGAUUCGGGAUCCAGGGUGGUGCAGUGUACGGCCAUUGUACGAGCCGUACGGAGUCUGGCUCAAAAAGGAGCGGAUGAUGUCGCGGAGUCGCGACGAGCAGCGAUUCCGUUUCGACAACCGCCACAAAGACCGGGUCAUGUUUCUGUUCGACAUCUUGUACGAGAGUGAAAAUGCAUUUAAACGCCAGCACUGGCUAGGGGCCGUCGCACAGCAGAACCCUUUCGACAUGUACGGCAUUAUGGAUCUGAUUCACACCCUGGAACCGGAUCUGAUCGUGGAGACAGGUACGGCAAACGGCGGCAGCGCGCUAAUGUGGGCAAGCAUGUUACAUUUGACCCGACCUGGCCUUGGUCGGGUAAUUACCGUUGACGUCAACGACCCGGUGGUUGUUAGUUGGGCGGGGGUUAGCGCCAAGGACCCCACUAAGAACCCACUGUGGUCCCAGUACGUCACAUUCUUAAAGCUCGAGGCCGAGGCCUACUGCCCGCUGGUGACCAACGGCAGCUAUUGCGUGGUGGAGGACACCAAGCUGUCGCGCUUCUCCGCCGUGGGGGGCCCCACCCCCGGGAUACAGCGCUUCCUGGACGCACAUCCGGACUUCGUUGUGGACCGGGAGCGGGAGCCCUUCUACACACAGCACGUUGGGGGCUACCUGAUGAGGGUGAUUGGCGGCGAGCGCAACAAGACGCGCAGCAGUGGCGGAGGCAGUGGUGGUGGCAAGGCCGGGAAAAGUGGGGGAGCGAAGGCCGGCGAUGGACGUCGAAGAGUGCGGAGGAGUGGGAGGAGGAUUAGACGGGGGAUGUCGUAG